AAUUUAAUUUUCUUGAAAAGCAUAGCCUUAUGUGAUAUUUGGUGUACAUUAAAUGAUCUUGUUGCAAUUCAUUUGACAACUCUUUUGCAGUCCAAGGAUGAUUCUGAUCAUAGUGCUGAUGAGAGUGAUGAAGAGCCUCCACAAAAGAAGCAUAAUGGUUCAUCUUCUGGUGCUGCCAAGCCAGCCUCUAAGGUUGCCAAGAAAGAAAGCGGUGAUGAUGAUGACAGUUCUGAAGAGAGCUCGGGCAGUGAUGAGGAAAAUGAUCGACAGGUGUCAGUGGCAAACUCCAAGAAGAAUGAACCAAAAACUGCUGCCAGCAGUAGUCAUCAAGCUACUACUAGGUCAAGGACCCUUAUUGUUGCGAAUCUGUCAUACAGUGUCAAGAAUGAACAAGUGAAGCAAUUUUUUGAGGAGGCGGGUGAGGUUAUUGAUAUUCGUUUUGCUACCUCUGAUGAUGGGAGCUUCAAGGGUUCCACACAUGUUGAAUUUGCUACAACUGAAGCUGCUGAAAAGGCAUACAAAUUGAAUGGGCGUGAUUUGGCGGGGAGGCCUGUCAGGCUUGAUUUUGCUUGUGAGCGAGGCACGAUUACUCCUGGCAGCAGGAGGGACAAUAGUUCUUUCAAGAAGCCUGGUCAAAGCUCUAGCUAUGCUGCCUUUAUCAGAGGAUUUGAUUCAUCUCUUGGGGAGGAUGAGAACCGAAGGUCACUUCAACAGCAUCUUAGCUCAUGUGGAGAGAUUACAAGAGUUUCAAUCGCAAAGGAUUAUGAUACUUGCGCAAGCAAAGGGAUAGCGGACAUGGAAUUUAUUGACAAGAGUUCUUUGCCCAAAGCGCUCGAGCUGACCGGAUCUGACCUUGGAGGCUGCAGCUUGUCGGUUGAUGAAGCCAAGCCUAGUCCAGAUAACAGAGAUGGUGCCGAUAGUGACAGGGGCUGCGGUCAGAGUGGUGCACCUCCCAGGCAGAGUGCUGGCACACCUAGUGCGGUCCUGGGCACGCGACAUCCAAGGCAACCUCGGCCUCCACGAGAUUGGUCAGUAUCUGCAGCUCUGGCAGAUCAUGCAGCGCACCGAGCUCUCCACCACACCGGACAGGUUGAUCUGGAGAUGGACGGUGAGCGGCACCUAUUCCGCGCAGUCCUGUUACACGGCCACCUUCCAUGGAUCAACGGGAUGCCACUCCUGGAAGCUAAUCUGGAAGUGUUGGGCGCCGCCGCGAGUCAAGUUCUUCCACUGGUUAGCUAACCAGGACCGCUGCUGGACGGCAGAGAGGCAGGCUCGCCACGGUCUUCAACAUCAUCCCCGCUGCCUCCUAUGUGACCAGCAGCCGGAGACUAUGCGACAUCUGCUGCUGGAAUGCCCCCUAGCCCGUCAGGCAUGGCACGAGACCCUGGCCUGGCUACGCAUACCGGCCCCGAUCCCAACACAGGAACUGUCGCUUACGGACUGGUGGAACCAUGCCAAGGAAGACACGCCGCCGAUCCUUCGCAAGGCCCUGAAAUCUGUCUCGCUGCUAGUGCCUUGGAUGGUCUGGAAACACAGGAACAGCUGCGUCUUCGACAAUGCGACGCCAUCCCUUAACACGCUCCUAGAUAGCAUUCAGGACGAGGCCCCCGCUCAUGGGCGGCAGCCGGGGCACCUGGCCUCCGACUUGUGCUGCCCCAAACCUGGGAUGUACAUUAAUUCACCUGCUGUAAUCCGCACAUCCUCAGAUGUCUGUAACUGAACCUCCCCCUUUUCAAUGAAAAGAAACGCAAGGCUUUUGCAUUUUCUCGAAAAAAAAAGCUCCCAAAUGUAUGGACUAUGGAGUGAUCUUGGUGCUGUUUGAAACGCCCUCUGGUUUUGCAAUUUUCAGUUUGUACGAACA